AUGGCGAAAAAGGGUAAAGCCGCCAAUAAUGCCGCAAAGAAUAAACAAAAGCCUGCAAAGGGUAAACCUCCAGUUUUGUCGACUGAAGCUCAACCGUCGAUUUCUCGGGGGUCUUCACCACCUCCACUUUUAGUCGAAGAACCAAAUGACAAAUCAUCGGAUGUUACGGAGAAUAAAUCGGCAGAGGUUAUCGAGGAUAAACCGUCGGGUGAUACGGAGAAUAAACAGACAAAGACUACAGACAUCAAAUCAAACGAGUCUAUCAAGGAUACACCGCUGCAGAAUAUCCCGACUCCAUCAUCAAAAAUCACUGAAACCAGACCAUCAAAAGUCACCGAAUUAAUCCCACCAAAACCUCUCAGCCAACUAAAACCCAGUUGUCCAACCCUCCAAUCCCUCUCUCAAAGAUGGGACCAAAAGUCUCAAGAACUAAAAACAGCAGUCGACCUCCUCCUCACCGCUUCCACCUAUGGCCAAAAAGAAGCCAGCCGAAAACAACUAACAACUCUCGCAAAGGAAUUCAUCACCCUUCGAGAAGAAUUGGCAGAAGCAGAAGAAAGUAACAAUGUUGGUGAUAUUAUACCGAUAAGAGUAUCUAUGAUCGAGAGUUUGAAGGAUGCUAGAAAGGUUUUGGAAGAUUUUUUUUCAAAGGAGGAGGUUGAAGUGAAGGAGGUUGAAGUGAAGGAGGUCGAAGUGAAGGAGGUCGAAGUGAAGGGGGUCGAAGUGGAAGAGAAGCGUGUCGUUGAGAUCGAAAUGGCAUCUACUGCAGAAGAAAAGACUGCGAUGGAAACUGAAAAGACUGUCUUAAAGGAGGAGAAUAUUGCAGUCGAGAAGGUAGAGGAUGCUGUCUUGAUGUGCGAUGAAAAAGUGGGUGCAAAGGAAGAAGCUGCCACUUUCGAUGAAAAAGAGGCUGCGGCAGAAAAGGGAUUGCUUAAUUUUGAAACAGAAGGGGUUACUUCAGAGGCAGAGAAGAUUGCAGCCGUGGAAGAAAAGACCCCAGUCGAGGCUGAAAGGAUUGCAACCGAAGAGGAAAAGAAUGCAAUUGAGACUCCGAUAAUUGCACCUGAAGAGGAAAAGGUCACGAUCGAACAAGAAAAAAUUCGAAUUGACAAGGAAUCAGUGAUUCCGCAGAAACAAGAAGAUGAGCUGACUAAAAAAGGUGCAGCCUCUGAAAAGGAAAGUGCCGAUACCAAGGAAGGAGCGGUCGCUUUGGACAAAGACACCAAACACGAAGGACCAAUUACAGGGCAAUUUCGAAUUGCCGACUUUCUAGUUGUUCCCGUUGCUGCUCAUUUCUGUUACGCCUGCCAUUUCGCUCUGCUGCCGACUUUUCUUGCGUUAUCAGAUGGGAAGCCUUUGUGGUUGAGAAUGUGUAUUUGGAUGUUGUGGGCUUUGCCAAAUUUCUUCUGGGAUUUUACGAAGUCCAUUAGGAUCUUGACUAUGGCCGUGGUUUACUUCCUUUUGUGCUUUUAUUUUAUCUAUGGUUAA